AUGGAGAACAUGAUGCAGGGCAAUAAGAUCAGACGAGUUGCAGCUACUCGCAUGAAUGAGAGGUCAUCUCGAUCACACACGAUUUUCCGGAUUAUUCUGGAGUCGAAAGAUGCCAAUCAGAAAGAUGGACCUGUACAUAUAAGCUACCUUAACUUAAUGGACUUAGCUGGUUCUGAGAGAGUUUCUCUGACGAAAGCUGCUGGUGAGCGUCUUAAAGAGGGGGCUAACAUAAACAAAUCUUUGUCAGUAUUAGGAAAUGUGAUAAGGCAACUAAGCGAGGGGAAGGAGUUUAUCAGUUAUCGCGAUUCGAAAUUGACUAGACUGCUCUCACAGGCUCUUGGCGAUGUAUAUGGAUCUGUAGUAAAACCUUUAGUCGAUUCCUUCAUGGAAGGUUUCAAUGCCACAAUAUUUGCAUAUGGCCAAACAUCUUCUGGCAAAACACACACCAUUUUGGGCAAUAAAACAGAUCCUGGGCUUUUCCAAUUAGUAUCCAAUCAGUUAUUCCAGCAUGUGGCAGACCAGGUUGAUAAGAGGUACUUGAUUAGAUGCAGUUAUAUUGAAAUCUACAAUGAAAAGAUCAAUGACCUCCUGGAUAAGAGCAAUCAGGGUUUAACUAUAAGAGAAGAUAUCAAAGGAAAUGUGCUGCUUGAUGCAAGGGAAGCUGUCGUAGACAAUGUUGAUAAAGUUAUGGAGAACAUGAUGCAGGGCAAUAAGAUCAGACGAGUUGCAGCUACUCGCAUGAAUGAGAGGUCAUCUCGAUCACACACGAUUUUCCGGAUUAUUCUGGAGUCGAAAGAUGCCAAUCAGAAAGAUGGACCUGUACAUAUAAGCUACCUUAACUUAAUGGACUUAGCUGGUUCUGAGAGAGUUUCUCUGACGAAAGCUGCUGGUGAGCGUCUUAAAGAGGGGGCUAACAUAAACAAAUCUUUGUCAGUAUUAGGAAAUGUGAUAAGGCAACUAAGCGAGGGGAAGGAGUUUAUCAGUUAUCGCGAUUCGAAAUUGACUAGACUGCUCUCACAGGCUCUUGGCGGAAAUGUGCUGCUUGAUGCAAGGGAAGCUGUCGUAGACAAUGUUGAUAAAGUUAUGGAGAACAUGAUGCAGGGCAAUAAGAUCAGACGAGUUGCAGCUACUCGCAUGAAUGAGAGGUCAUCUCGAUCACACACGAUUUUCCGGAUUAUUCUGGAGUCGAAAGAUGCCAAUCAGAAAGAUGGACCUGUACAUAUAAGCUACCUUAACUUAAUGGACUUAGCUGGUUCUGAGAGAGUUUCUCUGACGAAAGCUGCUGGUGAGCGUCUUAAAGAGGGGGCUAACAUAAACAAAUCUUUGUCAGUAUUAGGAAAUGUGAUAAGGCAACUAAGCGAGGGGAAGGAGUUUAUCAGUUAUCGCGAUUCGAAAUUGACUAGACUGCUCUCACAGGCUCUUGGCGAUGUAUAUGGAUCUGUAGUAAAACCUUUAGUCGAUUCCUUCAUGGAAGGUUUCAAUGCCACAAUAUUUGCAUAUGGCCAAACAUCUUCUGGCAAAACACACACCAUUUUGGGCAAUAAAACAGAUCCUGGGCUUUUCCAAUUAGUAUCCAAUCAGUUAUUCCAGCAUGUGGCAGACCAGGUUGAUAAGAGGUACUUGAUUAGAUGCAGUUAUAUUGAAAUCUACAAUGAAAAGAUCAAUGACCUCCUGGAUAAGAGCAAUCAGGGUUUAACUAUAAGAGAAGAUAUCAAAGGAAAUGUGCUGCUUGAUGCAAGGGAAGCUGUCGUAGACAAUGUUGAUAAAGUUAUGGAGAACAUGAUGCAGGGCAAUAAGAUCAGACGAGUUGCAGCUACUCGCAUGAAUGAGAGGUCAUCUCGAUCACACACGAUUUUCCGGAUUAUUCUGGAGUCGAAAGAUGCCAAUCAGAAAGAUGGACCUGUACAUAUAAGCUACCUUAACUUAAUGGACUUAGCUGGUUCUGAGAGAGUUUCUCUGACGAAAGCUGCUGGUGAGCGUCUUAAAGAGGGGGCUAACAUAAACAAAUCUUUGUCAGUAUUAGGAAAUGUGAUAAGGCAACUAAGCGAGGGGAAGGAGUUUAUCAGUUAUCGCGAUUCGAAAUUGACUAGACUGCUCUCACAGGCUCUUGGCGGUAAUGCCAAAUCAUUGAUUAUCGGGAAUGUUACUUUAGCUGCAGAGGAGGAGACUAGAUCUACACCAGAAUUCGCCCAAAGCACUAAAACUGUCAAAAAUAAAACGAAAGUAAACAUCUUGUCAGCUACAGAAGAGACACUUCAAGGAUAUCAGAACUUGACUCGCGAUCUCGAAACUCGGCUCAAAAAGCAGGCAAUUAAGCUAAAAGAGAUGGAUAAAAGCAAACAAGAGUAUCUGCUCGAGAUAGAAAGACUAAAAACGGAAGUAUCUAUUGUCGGGCGCUUUCAAAUGGGAGCCUCGGCAUCAACACCGAAAAAAACAUUAAGACGUCAUACUUUUGGACACUAUGGCAACGUAUCACCUAAAAAAGCAUCCCUAGGGUAUAUGCCAUUGAAAAAUUAUCCACCCAAAGAAGAAUCAUCCGGACGUGAAAUGAGGCCUAUUCAAGAAGAGACAUAUGAGGAGGCACUAGCCGAAGCAGAAUCUGUGAUAGCUGAAGACGUGCAAGUGUACUUAAAAGACAACAAAGAACUGGAAGAAUCUUUCAAUGAGCUUAGAGAAUUCACUAAACUAGAUAAUCAGCUGGAGAUUUUGGACCUGAAGAAACAGCUCACAGAAGCCAAUUCUAAAUUCGAUCGUUACAGUCAGGAACUCCGCCAAGUAACGGAUGCGUACAACGAAGAAAUAGAAAGAGUUCAAAAAAAUUCUCAAAAAGCGCAAGAAUUUCAUCGACUUGCAAUACAGACUCGAUUUUCUGGAAAAAAAUAA